GAGCACACUGGCCGAAAAGAAAGCCGAAGCUGGUGUGCCAUCUCUGUGCAAGAAGAAAAGCCUGCUUCAAAAUUAUCUGAGGUGCAGUUUCACGCUUCAAAAUAAGCUCUCGGUCAAGAUGGACGAAUGUAGGGCUCUUGAUUCAUUUUCGCAGUGUUUCAUGGAAGCCCGAGCAGAUAACGAGUGUACAUACACGGACGACAGCUUCACGUCCAUUAUGCAGAUGCAGGCAGAGUUAAUGACCGACGCCCUAAGGUAUCGCUGUACGCAGAAGUUCGCCGAUUUGAAUGUCUUGCUGAAGUGUGCUCAACCCGACGCGCUGAAGAAGAUGCUCCUAUGCGGGCUUUCUUACAACAAGCUUAUGGAAGAUUUGAAAAGACAAGGCGAGUACUACGUUACGUCAACAACAUGCAGCUAUUUAGCAGCAUACCAGCACUGCAUGGUUGAUGUGGAGAGGACCACUGGCUGCACCAAGUCUUCACUUCAUGAGCACACGUCAGCUAUACUGAACUUCUGGACCUGGAACGUGGCUCCACUGUGUGAAAGCGCCGCUGUUCUCUUGUCGACAGACGUUGAUCCCAAGUGCGAAUACCCAAAAGCGCUCUUAGCGGCCCUCAAAUGUACGGUGGAGUUUCAAGAGUUUGCAGAGCAGACCACGUGGGACACGAUGACGUCAGCCGAAUCAUGCUCAUCUCGGGAAAUGCUUGAAAAGUGCCUGAUAAACUCUCUGGACAUUGGACAGUGCAUGAACAGCUUGAACGCCAAGGCGCAAGUGUCCGUGUUGAGGUCGCUACUAUUGGCCGAGUAUAAAGUGAGCUGCCGCAAGAUAUACCAGUCGGCACCAGGACUGCCCGAGAUGCAGGCGGACGACUACGUAUACGAAGACUACUACUACUUCGGUGACGAAGUCGUGCGCACGAGGUCGCCAGAAAAGAGGUUUGAGAAGUUACUCGAGGAGCAGUACAGCAACAGAACUAAGAUCGCCCCGAGUGCCCGCUUGAAACUUCGGGAUAAAAUCCAGGGUAUCUACAACAAAGUGCGUACGUUUGGGCUUGACAAGGUUUUCAACAAAUUCGGUCACAAUCCGGAGUCCACCAGCGUGCAAACAACUACUUUAACAGCAGGUGUAAACAUGACUAACUCCAGCGAUGAACAGCAGCAGCCAACGCACAUUACUGGCGUUGUCGUUCCGGUUCCUGACAACGAUGAUGCAAUUUGCAACAUGCCUGGAUACGAGAAAGAAAAACGGCACUGCAGUGAGUACAUAUCUGACCAAGCCAAAAAGUACAAAAGAAAUGUCAAGUAUAUACCGGUGUCCAAUCUCAGAGACGUCGCCGACAAUGUAUGCAAGAUGGUUGAUUUCUACCGUGCCUGCAUGACUGAAGUAGCUGAGCGCCACAAGUGUCUGGUGAUGCUCGCCAACACGCCUCGGAUGGUCGAGAACCACCUGAUGAAACUUGGACUGACGUUUUGCACUACCGCUACGAUUGGGUCGGGCUGCCAGCCCCUGCACAACGCCGCCACCACCGCCGCCGUAUUCCUGUGCAGUCUGAGCUUGAUGAUUCAAAACUGGAAAUAA